CAUGCUCUGCCUGUGGUCCCUGAGCUGGGAAGAGAAAUCCUAAAUCCUCAGUCACUAAGUUGUGUCUCCAAAUACUGGUCAGCUGAAACAGAACUGCAGCCAUGAACCAGAAUGUGCCUCGUCUUGUGGAGGAAAGUCCUGCUCCAGGACUGACCUAUUAGCCAUCUGUUCCCAAAGCAGGGGGUGACCGAGAAGUCCGUGCCUGCUUCCUGAGGACUGCUCCGCCAUGCAGUGGCUGAUGAGGCUCCGGGUCCUUUGGGGCACUAACAAAUACUGACAUACCUUCCACCCUGUCCCGAGGCACUUGCACUCCCAGUCUGUAUCAGCAACUGGCGCCCCGAGAUGGAAUGACCAUGAUAGACCUGAGAAAUUUAACUUUGCCAGUGAUGUCCUGGACUACUGGACUCAAAUGGAGAAGGAAGGCAAGAGAGGCCCCAACCCAGCCCUGUGGUGGGUGAACAGCGAAGGAGACGAAGUGAAGUGGAGUUUCAGAGAGCUGACAGACUUCACCUGCCGCGCAGCCAACGUCUUCACGCAGACCUGUGGCCUGCAGCAGGGAGACCGUCUCGCCUUGAUUCUGCCUCGAGUGCCUGAGUGGUGGCUGGUGGCCGUGGGCUGCAUCCGAACAGGUCAGUGA